AUGCAUAAACAACAAAAUGUAAAACCAGGAAUCUUCAUAAGAAAAACGCAUCAGUCUCUGCAAACAAGAUAUACACAGCACAUCAUUCUGCAUAACCUUCCUCAAAAGCUGUUGCUCCAGCCUGAGCCACCUCUGAACCUUGAUCAGUGUCAAGAAACUUGGAUGAAGAAGAAGGAAGAACGUUUCCCAAACACCAAAUCCAAAUUCUUUUCUGUUCCUCAGAGAAUGCCUGUUCCACAAAAAAAGAAAAGAAGGAUCCACAAAGAUAAGCCAAAAAGCCACAAACAGUCAAGUCCUGAGCCAAUGCAGCUUCCUGCAGAGGCACUCCCUGUAGAGGAAGAGAUUGACAUGUUAUGGACAAAACCGCACAAUGAACUGGUUGUAGCCAUUGUGAAGUCUGACGAUCAGAAUCUGGAGUUCCUGUUACAUCACGAGGAGUUCCUAACACUGAAGCCGCAUGACUGGUUAUUUGGAGAGACGAUCGAGUGCUAUUUAAGAGCUGUACUUAAUGCAAAGGGUGCAAAUAUCUACCAGCUAAGCCAUUACACCACAGGUGUCAUUUUAAAUGGCCCAGAAGACCAGGUCAUACGACAAGGUUUGAAAAAAAUGGCCAAGCAGGAGGUGGAACACUUUCCAAAAAUUCCUGAGAGCAUCAAUAUAACACCCAGCAAAGAGGAGAUGUGCCACAUCAGGAAAAAUGUUGCCAAAACAAUUUUGCAGGCAUCAGGUUCAAUGUGA